ACUAUGUUACGAAGCGGAGUAAUAUUUAGUGCACUCGUUAGUUAGUCCGUUUUAGUAUCAUAAUAUUUGAACGUCGAUAGUUUUUCUCUUUCAGCUUAUGGAACCAUGCAUUAUGGAAAUAUUGUUGUCAUCAAACGUGAUGGUAAAGAUGGGGCACAUUUCCCCCUGGAAAGCAAAUUCUAUCUCCUCGGCAGAAGUUCUAAAUGUGACAUAAGAAUCCAACUGCCCAAAGUUGCCCCAGAACAUUGUCAACUUUCUGUCAACAAACAUGGAAAGGUGAUGCUCAAAAAUCUUUCCAAUGAAACUAGAACCAAAGUUAAUGGUAAUAAUAUUGACGUGGAGACUCUGAAUGACCAAGAUAUAUUUACCAUUGACGAGCGUUCUUUCCGGUUUGAAGUUUUGGAGGAUCAAAAAUCAAAAGUUGGCAAAAAGACCCCACAGAAAGAAAUUAAGAUCCUUUCUCCAAAGGUCAGACCACCACCUCCUUACAAACCCCAGGAUGAUCUGCCACAAUCUUUAAAUCGCUCACAAUCUAAAUCUCCAAGCGGUGGAACCAAUACAAAGUCAAACAGAAGAAAUAGCCAAAGAGAAGCGACCUCUUCACCUGAGCCCGGAAGCAAGGCAGCUUCUCCCAGAAGAACACCACUGAGUGAAUUGAGUUCUGCAGGAACAAGUCAAAAAGUGUUUUCAGCUGGGAAAGCGAAAGAUUCUUCACCUUUGAAUGGGAUUCCAAUUCACGAAUGGAGAAGUCGUUCAACUACUCCAAAAUCAGCCAAACUUGACCGAACCAGUUCCUCAGAGAAACAAAAGAAAAGGCACCAAUCUCUAGAAAGAUUUGAAUCUCCUCGGCUGUCUAAGAAAGAUAAUGUUCUAGAUGACCCUUCUCCAAAGAAAACAGAAGCCUCUAACGAUCCUGUUAAAACGCCUAAAGCAAAAUCUGUCUCUGCCUCUCCUGCAACGACACCAGCUUCGGCAAGGAAGAGCCGUUCUACAACACCAGUUUCUAAAAGUUCAAGGCAAAGCGGUGUGAGCUCUGGCUCUCCUAAGAGUCCUGAAGAAGAUUUAAAACCAGCAUCUGGGAAAGGCAAAAGCCGGGCAAACAGUCCAAAAAGUUUGGUUAAAAAUGGUGACUUGGAAUUAAGUGGCAAAAAUAAAAGUGAAGAAAUCCAUUCAGGUAAAGACUUGAAAAGGAAAUCUACAACUUCAUGUGAUACGGAUGAUGCCAGUGAUGGCACUAAGAUGUCCAAAACUCACCGGACACCUUCAAAGUCUCCGGUUAAAGAAACUGAAAGCAAAGUUUCUAAAAGGAAAAGCCUGAAUUUAACGGAAUCGAGUUCGCAGGUGACGAGUGAAACACCUGGUUCCAAGGAUAAAAGUAAGAGUCCCUCACCAAAAUCACCAGUUAAACAGUUGAAUAAUACCACAGCAGCAGGCGGUCAGUCUGCAAGAUCAAGUCCAUCCAGUACGAAACCUUCGCCUGCAAAUAGAAAGUCAGUUGGAAAUGUUCCUUCUCCAAAGAUGGUGUCAGCUGGCAACUCCGAUACUUCUAAAACUAAAUUAAACAGGAAGAGAAAAUCUCGACCGUCAUUGAAUACGCCAAAUGCAAAAAGGAAAAGAGUUUCUUUUGGACCUCAGCUGAGUCCAGAACAAUUUGAUCGGUGUUUACCACCAUCUACACCUGUAAGGAAAGGAGGAACACCUAACAGCAAGAUUAUUUCAGCUUGUCGACCAUCAUUAAAAAGGCAAUCUUUACUCCAUUCUACUCUAGCGGAAGAAGAUGAUCACCCUAACAUAAACAAGGUGUCACCCAAGGCCACUCCAAAAUCUACAAAAUUGUCACCCAAGACCACUCCAAAAUCUACAAAAUUGUCACCCAAGACCACUCCAAAAUCUACAAAAUUGUCACCCAAGGCCACUCCAAAAUCUACAAAAUUGUCACCCAAGACCACUCCAAAAUCUACAAAAUUGUCACCCAAGACCACACCAAAAUCUACAAAGGUGCCACCCAAGACCUCACCCAAAUCAGCUAAGUUGUCUCCCAAGGCCACACCUGAGUCUGCCAAGCUGUCACCCAAGGCUACACCUAAAUCUGCCAAGCUGUCACCCAAGGCUACACCUAAAUCUGCCAAGCUGUCACCCAAGGCCACACCCAAAUCUGCUAAGUUGUCUCCCAAGGCCACACCCGAAUCUGCCAAGCUGUCGCCCAAUGCCACACCCGAAUCUGCCAAGCUGUCACCCAAGGCUACACCUAAAUCUGCCAAGUUGUCGCCCAAGGCCACUCCCAAAUCUGCCAAGCUGUCACCCAAGGCUACACCUAAAUCUGCCAAGCUGUCACCCAAGGCUACACCUAAAUCUGCCAAGCUGUCACCCAAGGCCACUCCCAAAUCUGCCAAGCUGUCACCCAAGGCUACACCUAAAUCUGCCAAGCUGUCACCCAAGGCCACUCCCAAAUCUGCCAAGCUGUCACCCAAGGCUACACCUAAAUCUGCCAAGCUGUCACCCAAGGCCACUCCCAAAUCUGCCAAGCUGUCACCCAAGGCUACACCAAAUCUGCCAAGCUGUCACCCAAGGCUACACCUAAAUCUGCCAAGCUGUCACCCAAGGCCACUCCCAAAUCUGCCAAGCUGUCACCCAAGGCUACACCUAAAUCUGCCAAGCUGUCACCCAAGGCUACACCUAAAUCUGCCAAGCUGUCACCCAAGGCCACUCCCAAAUCUGCCAAGCUGUCACCCAAGGCUACACCUAAAUCUGCCAAGCUGUCACCCAAGGCUACACCUAAAUCUGCCAAGCUGUCACCCAAGGCCACUCCCAAAUCUGCCAAGCUGUCACCCAAGGCUACCUAAAUCUGCCAAGCUGUCACCCAAGGCUACACCUAAAUCUGCCAAGCUGUCACCCAAGGCCACUCCCAAAUCUGCCAAGCUGUCACCCAAGGCUACACCUAAAUCUGCGAUGUUGUCACCCAAGGCCACACCCAAAUCUGCCAAGCUGUCGCCCAAGGCCAUGCCUGAGUCUGCAAAGGUGUCACCCAAGGCCACGCCUGAGUCUGCCAAAGUGUCUCUCAAGACCACACCUAAAUCUUCUAAGCUAUCACCUAGAGCCACUCCUAAGUCUAUCAAGGUGUCUCUUACAAUUACACCCAAGUCUGCCAAUGUGUCUUUCAGGGCAACACCCAAGUCCACCAAGGCAUCUCCCAAAGUAACACCUGAGUCCUUCAAGGCGUCUCCCAAAGCAACACCCAAGUCCACCAAGGCAUCUCCCAAAGCAACUCCUAAGUCUGCGAAGGUGUCCCCCAAAGCAACACCCAAGUCCACCAAGGGGUCUCCCAAAGCAACACCCAGGUCUCCCAAGACAUCUCCAAAAGCAACGCCCAAGUCUGCUAAAAUUGUUAGGUUGACAGCUGCUUCAAAAUCGACAUCUAAGAGAAGUUCCUUAUUAUCAAACACCAAUAUUAAAAUCAAAACUCCAAAAUCAGAUAGAAAAAAAGCUAUAAUUCUACAAAAUAUCCAUGGAAGGCAAUCAGCGAGAAAAUCUGUCCACAAAGGGGUGAAACCCCUCUGGUCCCAAAUUGUUAAACAAGGAGCAAAUAAAGUGAAAAUCAACAAGAAAGCUGUGGUGGCUGCCUUUAAGCCCAAAAGUAAAGCUGUGAAAGCCAUUUCCUUACCUAGAAAGAGUAUCUAUCCUGUGACUCCUCGCAGAAAAGUUUUGGCCUCAGCCCCAAGUACUGGUCAUAUUAAUUCCCCAUCAACGAUUCUUGUUGGGAAACUGUUAAAGAGUACAAAAUCUCCAGCCACAACUAAAAAACUGGCUUCGCCUUCGAUUGAAAAAUUUGAUGAGAGUGAUUUGUACGAUUCCAUUCCGGACAGUCCUGCUGCACCUCCACAUAUGUUUGUCUCACCUUUGAGAUCUUCAGAAUCUGGGUAUUCACCGGCAAACUAUAAUCCCCUUUUAGAAAAAUUGGUGGAUCUACCAAAACGAAGAGCAUCGGGUAAAUUGGUUGGCAUUAAAGAAAGUCCCAAACGCCGUAAGUCUGAAGACUUGAGUGAAGUUAGGAGAUCAGUAAAAACUCCCAAGGGUCGUAAGUCUGAAGAUCUGAGAGGAGUUAGAAAAUUAUUAAAAACUCCAGCCCGCCGAAAAUCUGCUAAAUUUGUUGGUGUUAAGGAAAUGCUUAAAACUCCGAAGGGCCGUAAAUCUGAAGAUCUUAGAGGAGUUAGGAAGCUGGUAAAAACUCCAGCCCGCCGAAAAUCUGCUAAAUUUGUUGGUGUUAAGGAAAUGCUUAAAACUCCGAAGGGCCGUAAAUCUGAAGAUCUGAGAGGAGUUAGGAAAUUGGUAAAAACUCCAGCCCGUCGAACAUCUGCUAAAUUAGUUGGUGUUAAGGAAAUGCUUAAAACACCCAAGGGUCGUAAAUCUGAAGAUCUGAGAGGAGUUAGGAAAUUGGUAAAAACGCCAACCCGCCGAACGUCUGCCAAAUUGGUUGGUGUUAAGGAAAUGCUUAAAACUCCGAAGGGCCGUAAAUCUGAAGAUUUGAGAGGACUUAGGAAAUUGGUAAAAACUCCAGUCCGCCAAACAUCUCCUAAAUUAGAUGGUGUAAAAGAAAUGUUUAAAACUCCCACGCAAAAAUCCCCCAAGACUUCCCAAAAGGGCAGUCCUGCUAAGAUGACUCCCAAGAAAACUAGCCCAGCUGCUAGGGUGACUCCUAAGAAAGCCAGUCCUGCUGUUAAGGUGACUCCCAAGAAAGUCAGCCCUGCUGUUAAGAUGACUCCUAAGUCCGGUCUUACAGCCAAAGGGAUCAAGAAGUCCACUCUUGCCAAAGUGACUCCCAAGAAGGCCAGCCCUGCUGUCAAGGUGACUCCCAAGAAAGCCAGUCCUGCCGCCAAAGUGACUCCCAAGAAGGCCAGCCCUGCUGUCAGGGUGACUCCCAAGAAGGCCAGCCGUGCUGCCAAGGUGACUCCCAAGAAGGCCAGCCCUGCUGCCAAGGUGACUCCCAAGAAGGCCAGCCCUGCUGUCAAGGUGACUCCCAAGAAGGCCAGCCCUGCUGUCAAGGUGACUCCCAAGAAGGCCAGCCCUGCUGUCAGGGUGACUCCCAAGAAGGCCAGCCCUGCUGUCAAGGUGACUCCCAAGAAAGCCAGUCCUGCUGCCAAAGUGACUCCCAAGAAAGCCAGUCCUGCUGUCAAGGUGACUCCCAAGAAGGCCAGCCCUGCUGUCAAGGUGACUCCCAAGAAGGCCAGCCCUGCUGCCAAGGUUACUCCCAAGAAGGCCAGCCCUGCUGCCAAGGUUACUCCCAAGAAGGCCAGCCCUGCUGCCAAGGUUACUCCCAAGAAGGCCAGCCCUGCUGCCAAGGUUACUCCCAAGAAGGCCAGCCCUGCUGCCAAGGUUACUCCCAAGAAGGCCAGCCCUGCUGUUAAAGUGAUCUCCAAGAAGUCUAGUCGUCUUGCUAAGGUGUCACCAAAGAAGGCUAGCCCUGCUGCCAAAGCCACACCCAAGAGGACCACCCGUGCAACCAGAGUAACUUUCAAGAUGCCCAGCCCUGCUGCCAAGAAAUCUACUCCACAGAUUUCUAAGAAAGAAGAUCCUAAAGUCAUCGAUAGUGCAAACUUAGACUCACCUGAAGUGCCAGCCUCUGGAAAGGCACGAUCAUCACGGAGAGCAGCUAGUAGUAAGUCUACUACGAAAGCUGAAUCGGCAAAGCCUACCAGAAGCACAAGGAAUGUUACAGGGAAGCAAACUGCUAAAAAGGGCUUAACUGUUUCAGAACCAGUAUUAGCAGAGACCCCAAAACAAGCAGAGGUUGAGAAAGAAAUCUCUGAUGUUGCCAGUGCUUCAACGCCUGCUGAUUCUCCAGUAAAAGCAUCAAGGCAGACUAGAACCAACAAGAAGUUUACGUCCAUUGCCAAAGGAAAAACACCUCCAAAGGAGAAGGAAAGCCCAUCACCUUUAAAAACAAUCGACCAGGAUAAAAGUGAAGAAUGUAGUCCUGUUGCUGUGAGAUCACGAAAGACAAGAGCAACCAAAACUACAUCAGAUAAAGUUCCAAGGACGACUACAGUUGAGGCUACAAGGAAGAGAGUCAGCAAAAGGGCUGCUUCAAAAGCAAGUGUUGCAGAGGACAAUCUGGAAACCCCUAGCAAGAAAAGACUUGUGGCUUCACCAUCACCAAAACCAGUUAAGAAGGCAUUGGAGAAGAUAUCUGAAAAUGUCGACACCAUUUCGGAAGAGUCACCAAAAAAAAGAACUACAAGAAAAAGAGCUGCUACUGAGAAUCCUACUGUGUCUCCUAAAGUUACCAGAACUCAGAAAACCAGACAGACUAGAGUUGUUCAGAAGUCAGCAUCAAAGAACACAAAAGAAACUGCUCCUGCCAAGGCACAAGAAGAAGCAGCUGAGAUUGAAUUGGAAGAACUUGAAACCAAGUCAAAGAAACCAACCAGGCAAGGUCGACAAGUCAGUAAGAAAACUAAAGAAGAAGAAGAAAGCAAGAGUCCAGUAUUGACACGAGUUCGUAGGACAGCUGGAAAGGAAUCUGUCUCUCCUGUUAAAAAACGGACCACUCGAGGAGCAGCUGUUAAGAGUCCUGUGAAAAAAGGAGCCAAGUCUAAAAAAGUUAAGACUCCAGUCAAGAAAGUAGAGACUCCAGUCAAGAAAGUAGAGACUCCGGUCAAGAAAGUAAAGACUCCAGCCAAGAAAGUAAAGACUCCGGUAAAGAAAGUAAAGACUCCGGUCAAGAAAGUAAAGACUCCGGCCAAGAAAGUAAAGACUCCUGUCAAGAAAGUAAAGACUCCGGUCAAGAAAGUAAAGACUCCUGUCAAGAAAGUAAAGACUCCGGUCAAGAAAGUAAAGACUCCAGUAAAAAGAGUAACGAGAUCUCGUCGUUAGCGGGUGUGUGUAAAUAAGUUGUUUUUAAUGUAAAAAAAAAAAAGGGCAUUUCUGAAUAUAUUAUCCCAUUUAUCAUUCCACGAUUGUGUACAUAGCAUCAGAUGAAAUUAAAUAAAUGAUUAAUUGCAUUUGAUAGGAUGGGGAGAUUUUAUAUUCCACAAGAUCAGGUUUAUCAUUAUCAUGUAUAAUAAUUGAAAGAUUAUAAUUUGCGGCCAUCAUCACAUUGCUUAUUAAGUUAGUUAUUAGAUCCUAAUUGUAGCAUUUCAGAUUUUUGUUUCUUCAGGAAAUGGCUGAAGAUAUUUCCUUUUUUUUUUUUUUUUUUUUUUUUUUUUUUUUUAAUAUAUAUAUAUCUAUAAAAUUUAAUUUUAAAAUCUCAUAUUUAUUUCCAUCAUUUUUAUUGCCUUGUUCAAGCCUCAUCCCAGGAGUGCAAAAUUUGAAACCAUAUUUAAUGACUUACUUCCACUGAUCUUCUUCGCUCCAUGUCUUCUUCACAUGAAGCAAAAUGUAUUUGAGAUCUUUUUUUUUUUUUCCCUCCUCUUGCCUUUCCUGUUGAAUGAUGCAAUGUGUAUAUGUUUGGGAAAUGCAUGAAUGUUGAGUGUAAAUGUGUCGUGAAAGAAUAUAUACACUCUUUAUUGGGUGAGUGAAGUAUGUAUGUGCGGAUAUCAAGUAUAAAUAGGUUUCCUUGUGAUGUGCAUGUGUAAGUGUCUGGUGCAAAUGUGCCAUGUGAAAGGAUAUACACUUUUUGUGUGAAUGUAUGUGAAACUGUAUGUGAAGCAUAUUUGUGAUACAUGAAUAUAUACCUCUUCUUGUGUGAGUGUGUAUAAAAGUACAUGAAGUGUAAAUGUGCUAUAUGAGUGUGUAUAUAUAUAUAUAUAUAUACUUAAUAUACAUAAUUCUUGUGUUGAAAUAUGUGAAACUGUAUGUGAAGCAUAAUUGUGUAACGUGAAUAUAUAUGCCUCUUCUAGUGUGAGUGUGUAUAAAAGUACAUGAAGUAUGAUUGUGUUAUAAGAGUGAAUAUAAACCUUGUGAGUGUAUAUAUAUAUAUGUGUGUGUGUGUGUGUGCAUCAGUUAUACGUGUGUCAUACGAGUCUUUUACGAUGUCUUUUUCGUGGCAAACAAACAGAAAUCUAUUUUUAUUUCUUACAUUUCCAAUAACCCCAUGUUACACCAUCACAUUCUUCAGCUCCUGGAAUGAGUAACUUUUGACCACAGUUGUCUUUAAAAAAACGGUUCAGGUUUGACGCAUUAAAAAAAAAAAAUGCGUCUUUUAAAAAAAAAAACACAAAAAAAAGCUUUUUUUUUUUCUUCCCCAUUUCUGUCCAAUAUUUUUCUUGUUUGGUUAUAUUCACAUUUUCCUCAUUGGCUCAUCACUCAUCUAGAAAUGGCAUUCUUUUAUAAUUUCAUCCAUCAAGGCACAAGGAUUGAGUCUACUGCUACAAUAAAACAAAAAGAAAAUAUAUAAUUUUAAAAAAAUCUGAUUCUUGUUUUUCGUUCGUUAGUUAAUUUGUCAGUUCUGUUGUUUAAUCAAUAGCAAUACUGAUCUUAUAUCAGGUCCCUUUUUAGUUUAUUAUCAUGUUUAUUAGUUUGCAGGGUUGCUUUUUUUUUUCUCCCCUAGAAACUAAUUAAACCAUUUGUCUUUUCCCCCCCCCCCCCAAUCAUUCAUAUAAAAAUUUUAUAAUUUUGUUGUUUUUGUUAUCUGUAUAAUCUUUGUUCUUUUAAAUAAAAAAAGCAAACAAAUCACGGUCUUAAAAAGCUGACAUCGAACCAGCUCUUCACUGCCAAUAAAGAAUUCAUAUUCCUCAGAAGAAUGGUUGAACAAGAGAAGAUAAAAUUAAAUAAGCGCAAAA